GCUCCUUGCAAUGUCUCUUUGUUCCCGCUUGCAAGGUUGUGUUUGCUCUUGCGCUGGUCCAUAUCCCUUCGAUCUUUGUGCUAUUUACCAUCCGUCAAAAUGAAAGUUGUCGCUGCAUACCUUCUGGCUCUUCUGGGGGGCAAUCCUUCCCCCAGUGCAAAGGAUAUAGAGGCCAUCCUCGGCGCAGUUGGAGCUGAGGCCGACGCCAGCAGGGUUAGCCUACUGUUGAAGGAGUUGGAAGGCAAGGACAUCUUGGAAGUGAUUGCCGCUGGAAAGGAGAAGUUUGCAUCCGUACCCUCAGGCGGAGGUGGUGGUGUCGUCGUAGCUUCUGGAGGUGGUAGCUCCGCUGCUGCUGCUCCUGCUGAGGAGAAGAAGGAAGAGGCCAAGAAGGAGGAGGAGAAGGAAGAGUCUGAUGAUGACAUGGGCUUCAGCUUGUUUGACUGAGUGCAACGAAUCGACUGUAUUGAUCUAGUACAUUUAAGAGGAAUAGACCUUUCUGUACUCGUUGUCGUUGAAAUCCUCCAACUGUGGCCACAGCUUGUGGGAUCACAAUGUAUGGAUAUGUUACCAUUUGUUAAUCACGAUCCUUGUUUUGGCAGCAACAGCUUGAGAACAAUGACUUGAAAUUCCA